UUAAAGAUGGCGGCCACCACAGUAGGAAACGAUCUUAUAGACAAUGACCUUCCUACUGCAGUGCGUCUACUAAACAGCCUCACCGAACAGGUGGCAUCUGUUACUAGUCAUGUCCGGGAGCUGUUAACAAAAGUCCGAGAGAAAGAGUUUGAAACAGCGAAGGGUUUGUCUUUUCUGGACUUGAGAUAUCAUCUUUUACUGUUUUACCUGCAAGAUGUAACUCAUUUGAUCAGUUUAAAAACAGAGGGAGAAAGUCUAAAGGACAAUAGCCCUAUUCACAGGCUGGUCACCAUUAGGACGGUACUGGAAAAGAUGCGUCCUUUGGAUCAAAAGCUGAAGUAUCAGAUUGAUAAAUUAGUGCGGACAGCUGUGACAGGCAGCCUCUCUGAGAAUGACCCUCUACACCUCCGUCCUAAUCCCCAGAAUAUGCUCAGCAAGCUCAGUGAAUCUGAGGAAUCAUUUGAUGAGGAUGGAGAAGGAAAAACAAAGGAUUCUGGGAAAAAUGAACCUGCAGCGAAGAAAUAUGUUCCUCCUCGAAUUGCUCCAAUGCAUUAUGAUGGGGAUAUGACAGAAGCAGACCGGCAAAAGGAUCUGGUAGAUAAACGGAAGAAAGCAGCACUCCGCAGUUCUGUCAUCCAGGAGCUCCGGCAGCAAUACAGUGACGCUCCUGAAGAGAUCAGAGACCGCAGAGACUUCCAGACAGACCGGGAGCUUAAGGAAGAUCAAUACAGGAAAAACUAUGAGGAGUCCAUGAUGAUCCGUCUGAAUAUGACACGUGAGCAGAAGCAAAGGAAGAGGAGGUUGAUGGGAAUGUCAUCACAGCUGAAUAAUAUUGCACAAUUUGGUGACAUCACAGCUCUGACAGGUGGAGAAGCACAGGAUAUUGAUCGUCCUAAAUCCAAGAAAAAGAAAAUGAGUAAGAAAGCUAAAAAGAAAGUUUUCAGGAAACACAAGUAGAAUACUGGAUAUCAAGGAACAAAAUCUCAGAUGAAGAAAAUGAUUUGUAACUUCAACCUUCAAAUAAAUUUGAGAUCUUUA